ACCAAACCAACCGCUGCUGCUGCUGCUGCGCCCGCGUCUCCGAUCCCGCUCCGGCCUCCCUCGGCGACCGCGACCAGCCACCGAUCCCAUCCCACACCACCCGCCGCGGUUGCUUCAGAUCUCCUCUUCCCCCCGCCGCGGCGCCAACCCCCUCCUCCCUCUCCAAUUCCGCCAUUGCGGUGCGUGAGGUGAGGGGGUGGGGGUUGCAGUAUAUAAGCCCUAUCCCCAUCACCCUCCCCGCGCCCGCUCCCCCCAUUCCGCGCGCCCGCCAUGACCUGCUCCUGACUGCCGCUGACCCCGCGGAUCUCGUCUGCUCCAAGCUUCGUUGCAUCUGGAUCUCGACCCCUCCGCGGAAUGGAGGUCUUCGGCCCCGUCACGCCCGGCCAGGUGUCGUUUUUGCUGGGUCUUUUCCCUGUCCUCAUUGGAUGGGUUUAUUCCGAAAUCCUAGAAUACAGGAAAUCUUUAUCGUAUGGAAAAGUUCACUCAGAUGCCAAUUUGGAGAGCGAGACUAUUAAGGAAGAUGAUAAGGCUGUAUUACUUGAAGGGGGGCAGUCAAAAUCACCAUCUACAAAGCUCCGGAACAUGUCUACCAAAGCAAAUUUAAUACGGUUUAUAACAAUGGAUGAGUCUUUUCUGCUUGAAAACCGUGGUAUACUGAGAGCCAUGGCCGAAUUUGGUGUUGUUCUGGUCUAUUUUUACAUUUGUGACCGGACAAAUAUAUUUCCAGAAAGCAAAAAGAGCUACAACCGCGACUUGUUUCUGUUUCUGUACAUUCUUUUUAUCAUAGCAUCGGCACUUACUUCACUUAAGAAGCAUAAUGAAAAAUCAGCUUUUACUGGAAAGUCGAUACUCUAUCUUAAUCGCCACCAAACUGAGGAAUGGAAAGGGUGGAUGCAGGUCUUGUUUCUGAUGUACCACUAUUUCGCUGCCACAGAAAUAUACAAUGCAAUUCGUGUGUUCAUCGCUGCCUAUGUCUGGAUGACUGGAUUCGGGAAUUUCUCAUAUUAUUAUAUUAAGAAAGAUUUUAGCAUUGCAAGAUUUGCACAGAUGAUGUGGAGAUUAAAUUUCUUUGUGGCUUUCUGUUGCAUUGUCCUUGACAAUGAUUACAUGCUGUAUUAUAUCUGUCCGAUGCACACGUUAUUUACUUUGAUGGUAUACGGAUCGCUUGGUCUGUUUAACAAGCACAAUGAGAAACCAUCUGUCAUGGCUAUUAAGCUUGCUUGCUGCUGCUUGACUGUCAUUUUGAUAUGGGAAAUUCCUGGGGUAUUUGAACUUUUAUGGGCCCCCUUUACAUUCCUUCUAGGAUAUAAAGAUCCAGAGCCUUCAAAGGCAAACUUACCCCUCUUGCAUGAGUGGCAUUUCCGAUCUGGCCUUGAUCGAUACAUAUGGAUUAUUGGAAUGAUUUAUGCUUACUUCCACCCUAAUGUUGAACGAUGGAUGGAAAAGCUGGAAGAAUCAGAGACUAAGGUUAGACUGUUUAUCAAGGGAACCAUUGUGACUCUUUCUUUGAUGGUUGGCUAUCUAUGGUAUGAAUAUAUCUACAAGCUAGACAAAAUCACAUACAACAAGUACCAUCCCUACACGUCAUGGAUUCCUAUCACAGUUUAUAUCUGCCUCCGCAACUUCACCCAGCAGUUGAGGUGUUCCUCUCUGGCUCUUCUCACUUGGCUUGGCAAGAUCACACUAGAGACGUACAUUUCCCAGAUUCAUAUUUGGCUCAGGUCUAGCAUGCCAAAUGGGCAACCAAAAUGGCUUCUGUCUUUUAUACCAGAUUAUCCAUUGCUUAACUUCAUGCUUACUACAGCGAUCUAUCUUCUUCUUUCACACCGGGUGUUUGAGAUCGUAGGCGUACUGAAGGGAGCUUUUAUUCCCAGUAGAGACGACAAUCGGCUAUAUCAAAAUUUUAUUGCAGGGAUCGCCAUCUCUGUAUGCCUGUAUUUCUGCUCACUUAUUCUUCUGAAAAUUUCUGUAUAGGUAGUCGAGAGUUACCAAGUAAAUGUAAAUGACCUUAAUAGAAAGGUCGCUCCUGCAAAUUGUGUUCUUGGUAUAUCUGGUUGUAAGAUGUUCAGCUCAGGUCUCAAUUCCAUUUUGCAUUAGGUAAA